GUUUGUAUAGUUGCGGAAAAGACAAUGACGGAAAGAGCUAGACAGAAAAAUAACAAAUGCGACUGCAGAAUAUUCAAACCCAGGAUUGAAGGAAAACUGCCAUGUGUCUCAUUAGGGAAUUCUUUUUUGGACAACUGUCUAGAUAAUGAAGGGGAAAUAACUGGAAUAUGUUUUCAAAAAGUUGAUGAGGGAAAAGUAAAACCAAUCAUAGAUGCUGACGAGCUUUUGAAGGUUGAUUGGCAGCGUGUUCCAAGAACAAGUGCAGUGCCACAUCAGUAUUUAGAACUAGAUUAUCAAACAGCACCAUCUGAGAAAUGGCAAAUAUUUGCCAAUGUUCUGGCAAAUUUAAGAACUGCUUUGCUUGUUCAGAUGACCCAGCAUAAUGGUGUUGCUCCUCCUACUCUUUAUGAUGGUUUCCACAGCAAUGUUUGGCGAGGUGGUGGAGAUGACGAUAAGUGUACAUCAACACAUGUGUAUAGCAGAAUAGCAGACAUACUGCCAGUUGUUAGACAGGCCGGAGAGAUGAAUCUGUUGGAGCUUCAGACUAUACUCCAUUGUAUGUUAGAAGGAUUUAAGGUCAUGGGAGAGCAAAUGAUACAGAUCUUUAUAGAUAGAAUUCUUAACAUUACUGUUUUUGGCGAGAGUGAAACUGUCAGACCACCAGUAAAAAGUUCAUUUGACAAUUCUAUAGAUAAUGGAGUCCUACACUGCUUAGUAUAUGGUAACCAUGAGGAUCAAAUUUUAAUUGAAGAGAGACGAUCUCGAAAUAGUCAAAAUCAUGGUAGAAUACGUCAAAAAGUAUUGUGUCCUAAAGUUCAUACUGAAAGAUUCCGAUCCAGAUCACGUUCUUCAUCGCCUGGAGAGAAUAAUAUCCUGGCCGAAAUAGAAAACACACAAAAUCGAGAUCCAGAUCCAGGGAUUAAUAUGGAAUGUUUGGUUCAAAAUCCAAGUAACUAUCUCGUCAAGUCUUCAUGUUUACAUAACUACGUUCAGUCAUAUGUACCAGAUGUAGUUUAUCUAAGAAAUACAACUGGAGGACGAGUAGCCAAAAUUAUAGCGGAAAUAUCUGCCUAUGAUAAAUAUGGAUCAAAUAUAUCUUUUGAAACACAUUUGAAACGAUCUACUGAGCAGUGUUUUCAGAAGUGUAUGGCGGGUCUGUCCAAUAACCAGAAAGAAAUAGCAGGACUUGUUGUAGUGCCUGAUGGUAUAAAACUCUUAGUGGUUCAUAAGAUUAAAACAACAAAUAAUAUGUUUUCUUAUGAAGUGAAAGAAACUGAGCUUGUCAUAUGGAGUGAAACUAAUAAACUGUAUGCGAUUAUGUUGAAGUUGAUAGAUUGUAGUUAGUUAAUAUUAAGUAAGAAAUAAAGAAAUCAUAAUUGAA